CGGCAAUGAUACCCCUCAGGAUCUAGCGUCUUGUUGUGUUAUACGUCUUUCGUUGUGUGUUUUGCACGCAGUAGAGCACCUGCGCGAAUUAGUGCGGAAAUGUAUUCCAUUAUGGUAUUUAUUAUGCUCUCGCAGUUGUGUUCGUCUCAUUAGGAUCUCGUAGGGUCAUGGUAGCCUUGUAAGAGGUGUUUCGCUCGCCAGUGCUUCUCGAGAUCAGCAGUUUUCAUCAUGCCAUACCACAACAGUGACUCUGACAACAGCAGUUCUUCACGUUACAAAAAGAAAAAGAAGACACGUUCUAGGUCAAGCUCAUCGUCUUCAGAUGACCGUUCAUCACACAGACACAGCAAGAAAUCAACUCGUCACAGGCGGCAUAGGUCACGAUCCAGAUCGAAUUCACCUGCACAUUAUUCUUCACGACGUCGUCGGUCAAGAUCGACAUCUUAUCAUAGAAGGUCUCGCUCGCGGUCUUUGUCACCGCGCAGACGUCCACGGUCAAGGUCUCCAAAGUACAGAUCCCACAAGUCACACAGCGCGUCUGGCAGCCGAAGGCAAUCCAGGUCGCUGAGCGGCUCACCGAGAAGAAGGUCUAACUCUCCCUCGUCGAAGUCCUCAAAACAUAGCAGUACAGAUUCAUUUCCAAAGAACAUUAGCGAUUCGGACAGGCUGAAGAUGAAAAUCCAGCAAGUCAUUAAAGCUGCAGCUAAUGCAAAUGCAGAACUCCGAGAGAAAGGGCUCCUCAGUGAAGAUGCGGCACGAGCAAAACUGGCAGCACCGAGCGUCUCUGAGCAGAUCGAACGUGCGAAGAUUAUAGACGAAAUCAAUGCACCUUCCUUCAGUCAACAAGCAUUUGUGUCGAGAAGAAAAGACGAAAAAAAGGACAGCAACAAGGAAGUGGAUGAACACACUGCAGCCAUCUUCGGUUCCUUUGAGAGUCUUGUCUCAGCAACAAAGGAAGUAGUACCACUUUGUAACUGGAGGGAGAAACCCGAGCUCCUUGUUCACGAAAAUCUCUUAGAAAGCCAGGAAGUCAAAAUAGAACGUUGGUGCAAGAAGCUAGCUGCUGAGAGGCGAAAGAGAGUUAAUGGCGUUGCAUUGGGUCACAUGGCUCGUGCGGACCUAUAGGAUGAAGAUGCCACACUCGUACGGCGCUUCACCCGUGUGCGUCCUUCUGUGCGUCUUAAGCGUUUCUUUCCUAGGGAACGAGGCCUGGCAGACGUCACACGUGAAAGGCUUCUCCCCCGUGUGAAUUCGCAAGUGCCGCGUCAGUCCCGCUCUGUGGUUGAAGGUGAAACCGCAGUAACAACACCGAAAAUGUCUCCCCUUGAUAGCGUUCUCUAGGCCGCUGUUGCGUACCGCACCUGGAGGUCGACGAGCUGGAAAUGAAGAUGUGUCUAGUUUAGGCAUGGCCACCAAGGGUCUUCUGCGCUAAAGUGCUAAAGUUCAGUCUGAGGGUACCACAGUACGGGAAGCAAACACAAAAAUAGCAGAAUAUUUCACAAUAGACAAAUAUAAAGAAUAACACAAAGUGUGCUGCAGAUGGGGAACAAAUUCUACCAAUAGUUAUAAGGAACUGAAACCAGUAGUACAAAUUUGCUGCUUUCAUCUUGUGUGCGCAUGAUGUUGUAGGUGCAAGGUAUCUCAGACACCUAAGAUAACAGGACACUGUCACUGCUGUUGAGAACAUACGUACUUUGGAAAUGCACCUGACCAUGACAAACCCCACUGUUUUUCCCAAGAACGUGUCAUUUAGUGAAAAUUUCCCUAGAAUGAGAUAGAGUGUCAGUGCUGAUGCCACCUUACAGAUUUACUGGAACACCGGCUGGAGCCUGUAAACUGCUCCUGCAUGGAAUCUAUUAUCUCAUAAGCCCGACCUCAAGGAACCUACUUGGAGGCUACUCGAGUGCCUUUAAUUCUGGUCCCUAAGACAAUGAGAGGUAGAGAAAACGAAAAGCACUAUAAUUUCAACAGCGUGAAACAAACUGUUCAAAGCCAGUGCUUAUUUGCCACCUUUUAAAAGUGCACAAAUACCUGCACAACUUUGUGGUCCUAGUCCGUAGACUAUUCUGUGUAGUCACACGGAUCGUGACAAGACUAUGUGAAGAUGCUGUUGGUAUUGAUGAGGUAAUUUUCAAUACACUAAGAUGCACUUAGUCCACGACAGACCCAAACAUUCUGCAGGUGAGGGAUUCUUAAGUAAUCUUUCUUAAGUAAUCUCUUGCUCACAUGUUAGCGUAACAAUGGAUGGGAUUUCGGAUACCUGGUGUUUGAAUCAAUGUGAUGUGGUCGCUAAGCAUGUGACUAAAGUAUGUACUUAGCUGUCAAUGGAAAGUUUUCAAUCAUGUCGACCCAGAGUGAGUCAAGUCAUAUGAAUGCUGGAUUAAAUUUUCAAAGCAUUCACUGUCUUCAUUUCAAAACUGUUCAGUACCACAUUUUAUCAGGGUGAGUGUUGCAUGACCACUUGUAUUCCUGUGAUGGGCCUGCAAACCUAAAUGCUGUUUUCUUUGUAGCGUAUAAUACGUCGACUUCUUCAGGUGGAAACUAUGACAGUGGCGAGUGUGAAAUAAAAAGAUGACGAUGAACAAUGUCAAAUGAAGGCCAAUUUAUUCGAGAAAGUGUAUGUGAAAAUUUUUGUAAAUCACUGUUGUAUACCUUUUCAAAUAGCAUAUUUUACUUUUACAUAACGAUGGCUAAGAAUAUGGGGAAAGAUCAUCACACACACUAUGUUCACUGAUGUGACAAUGCUCAAGAAUGCUGAGAAAAGCAACACAAAAUCUGUGUGAGCAUGUAGAACAUGGCACUAUCUUUUUUUUUUUUUACUUUCUUGUUGCAAGCUUUGCAAUGGUUAAGCUGAAAACUGUACACUAGUAGCAAGCUACAUACUACAAAUAUAUGUAAUGUAAAAUAUAUUGCAUGUAUGCACA